AUGCGUUCCGAAUUCAGCAGCAACAACAUCAACGACGACAACAACAACAACAAGCUAACGACAAUAAACAAUUACAUCAAUCAAUCAUUAUGCCUACUUGGCCAUGUUGAACCACUGAGACACAGUGGUCUGAGGGUUCUUACCCUAGAUGGGGGAGGAACUAGGGGUCUGAUAACGAUCAACAUCCUGAAACAACUGGAGCAACACACCGGUCGACGAAUCUACGAACUGUUCGACUACGUCUGCGGGGUGAGCACUGGGGCCCUCAUCGGGAUCAUCGCCGGGGCUUUCCGGAUAUCCCUCUCAAAAACCGAAGAGAUUUAUAAGAAGUUUAGCCGGAAAAUGUUCGCCAGAAAUCGCUUGGCAGGCGUCGGCAAGCUCUUCAUGUCGCAUGCUUACUAUGAUACUGAGUUCUGGGAGGACUUGCUGCAAAACAACAUAGGAAGUAGAUCUUUCGUCGAUACCAUGAUGGAUGUCGAGUGCCCUAAGUUGUCAAUAGUCUCAACACUGAUGAACGCACCGAGGGUACAGAAUUAUCUGUUCAGGAAUUACAACCACCCUUCUGACAGGCCUUCCAGGUACUGGGGCUCAGUGGAGCACAGGUUGUGGCAGUCGAUCAGGGCCAGCAGUGCAGCUCCAGGCUACUUUGAGGAGUUUGAGUUGGCGGGCCUCAUACAUCAGGACGGGGGGCUACUGACGAACAACCCGACAGCUGUGGCCCUGCACGAGUGCAAACUCUUGUGGCCGACAGCACCCAUUCAGUGCAUCGUUUCUAUCGGGACGGGCAAGUAUGAGGCCAAGUCGAGUUCAGACCUGGCGGUGAAAAGUUCACUGAAGGCCAAAAUUAUGAAGAUCAUCGAGAGUGCUACUGAUACUGAAGGCGUCCACAUGGUGCUACAUGAUUUGCUGCCGCCGUCAACCUACUUCAGGUUCAACCCCCCGCUAUCCGAGGGCUUCCUCAUGGACGAGACCAGAGAGGAGAAGUGGUCCCUGAUGUUGGCUGAUUCGCAGAUGUAUUGUAGGAAGAACCAGGUCGGUCGCUAA